AACGAAAUAAAAUAAUUAGAUAAUUUUAUGCUUGUGUUUAGAACGUUGUUCCCGAUGAAUAGUGACCUGCGAAACUUGAGGAGGGCGAUGGCGCCGCUCUCGUACCGUUGUCAGCAACAACCAAGUAGUUCAUCAGUGACUAGUGUCCAUCACUGAAAUGGAUCGGAUGAAAUCUUCCUUAGAAUUAAUCGAAUUCAACUCAAUGGCGUCUUCUUCAUCUUCAUGGUGGCAAUCGUUCCUCUCUCCGGCCAAGAGUUCCUUCACCGCUCUCUGCUUCAAACGCCUCCAAGAAUACGCCAUUAAAGCCAAAGUUAAGGUGAUGAGAUUACCAGAAGAGAAGAAACCGUUAGCAAGUCUUGAGGAGAUGGAGAAGAUUAUAGGGUAUAAGUUCAAGAAAAAGAUUCUAUUGCAACAAGCUUUUACACAUCCAAGUUAUCAUGGCUCUGAAUCGUAUGAAAGACUUGAGUAUGUUGGUGACUCCAUUCUCAAUUUUCUAAUCAGUAAACAACAGUUCUUUAUGUAUCCGGAUCUCCCACCAGGGUCGUUGACUGCUCUCCGAGCUGCCAAUGUUGAUACUGAGAAGCUAGCACGUGUAGCGGUUAAAUAUAACUUCCAUAAGUACAUACGCCAUGAAAAUCCGACGCUUAGUAAGCAAAUUCGAGUCUUUACGAGAGCUCUUGAAAAGUACCCUCUACAUUCAUAUGGAUUAAUCGAUGCUCCAAAAACUUUAGCUGAUAUUGUUGAAUCCACAAUAGGGGCCAUCUACGUCGACAGCAAUUCCUCAAUCGAUACUACGUGGGAGGUGGCUAAGAUUCUACUCGAGCCCAUGAUCACUCCUGAAAUGCUCCAAACGAACCCGGUGAGGAAGCUCAAUGAACUCUGCCACAAAAAGAAACUGAAGAUACGAUUUAGAGAUAAAUGGCUAAAAGAAGGCGUGUACGAAGUUUUUAUCGAUAAUAAACUUAGAGGAAGAGGUGAAUACCAAGCCAAGAAGGAAAUCGCGUUGAACAGAGCAGCCGAGGAUGCAUGUAACAACAUCAUCAACGGUCCAGAUUGCUGAAAGUAGGUAACGCGUUAUACGUUCAUUCAACAUUCUUUUUUGCCGUUAGAACGCGAUGAACAACGUUAAAUUUAUAUUGGUAAUACCUCCAACUUAGUUGGAUCAUGUUGUUGUUUACUCAUAAACAUUAGCUUAAGUUUUUGAUCCACUUGUUUCCAAGAUCUAUGAACAUAAACUUUGAUUGCACAUGCCACAGGGACAGACCCAGGCGGUUUUUGUGUUGGCAUGUGCCACCGUUUCGUUCCUCCGUUGUAAUGUAAACAGUUAUUGUCA